CUGGUGAUGGCAUGCUAGCUUCCUGCUAACAUUGGUGAUGGUAUGCUAGCUUCCUGCUAACGUUGGUGCUGAUAUGCUAGCUUAAUGAUGACAUUAGGACAGAGUGUGAAGUUUGCUCUGUGUCUCUUCCAGAAAGCUUUGGGUUUCGUCUUCCGGUUUGACUUAGAGGAUAAACUCUGGUCCGCCUGAGGUUCCAUUUCUUUAAACCGCUAAUGCUAACGAUUGCUUCCAUCUCCAUCUGCUUUCUUGAAUCAAAUGUUCUUUUGUCUUUCCCAUUUUGAAAAAUGGCACAGGAAAAUUGGUCUCAUAUUUUGUCCCAAUAAAACAGAGUAAUGGAUGAGGCUUUUAUAGAAAGUGAUCGGUUCAAGAGUCUAAGUUAUACAAUGUUCCAGUUUUACUUUUUGUGCAUAAAGUAAUCUGAUCAUAAUCUGAAUUUUACAUUGAGGAAUAAACUGAAAUCUAAGGUUUGGUCUUAGAGAAGAUUCAGAGAAGUGUGUGUUUUAGCGUAAACACACACACACUUCUCUGUGUGUUUACGCUGUGUGUUUUCAUCAUUGGCUCAAUGAUGAAAUCAUUGAGCCAAUCAGCUCAAUGAUUUCAUCCACUACACACGACGUCACUUUAACGGACCGAAGGAGGGACCGUCUGUAGUUCCACCGGGUCACCCAACCGGGCGGGUCGCUUCAUAAUUCCGAUCAGAUUUCUUGACGCCGCCCAUGAAUUUUGUCACCCUGUAAUGAGGGGGACAAAAGGGUUUACUGUGACAGCCAAUCAGCGCCUCUCUGUUCCAGCUUCUUGCGCUCCGGACCAAUCAGCAGCGAGCAGUUCUUUGUUGUUGCUGCUUCGGGCCACGGCAGGACGCGGACGGCCAGCGAGCUGCGGGGCGUCGCUGCGGUUUGUCCCGGUUCACCGACGGGUUUCUCGCCAGUUUGUCUUUCUGACAGGCGGGAGCCGCCAUGUCGAUGAACAUGGAGGAGCUGAGGCACCAGGUGAUGAUCAACCAGUUCGUGUUGGCGGCCGGAUGCGCCGCCGAUCAGGCCAAGCAGCUCCUCCAGGCGGCCCACUGGCAGUUCGAGACGGCGCUGAGCUCCUUCUUCCAGGAGGCCAAUGUUCCGGGUCAGCACCAGAUGGUAAGAAGCUGCUUCAUCCCCUCCAGAACCAGAACCCAACCAUUCGGAUCGGACCAAAACCGGUCAGAGUUGCUGGUUCUUUUUGGAAACCUGGAACAAAACCAUGCAUGGUACCAAACAAGCAGAACCUUCAACUGGACCGGUUCGGUUCUACAGAACCGACUUCAGAUGUCGUCAUCAUUUAAAACAAGUCUGACUUACUGGUCGGCAGCAGCAGGUGGGGGAGGGGCCAUAGGGGAGGG